GGCCCUCUUCGGUUUGAAGAAAUUGAACUGUUUUCUCUGAAAUUACUGUGAUCCGAAGAAACCUUACCAUCGCCAUGAGAGGCUUCUGCAUUUUCACCACAGCGAUCUCCUUCCUUCUCAUGCUCCUCACUGCUGCUGCAAAAGAUCAAGAAAGCUCCCUUGCCAGAGGCUCCAGCUUCUCCACCCAGGGUGACACCAUGGCCAUCCUGGUGUCACCCAAUGGGGACUUCUCGUGUGGCUUCUACAAGGUGGCCACCAACGCCUUCACCUUCUCCAUCUGGUUCUCCAGGUCGUCGGAGAAGACCGUCGCGUGGACGGCCAACCGCGACGCUCCGGUGAACGGCGCGGGCUCCAGGCUCACCUUCCGGAAGGACGGGACCUUCGCCCUUCUCGACUACAAUGGCAAAGUUGUAUGGAGCACGAACACAACGGACACUCGAGCCAACCGAGCUGAGCUUCUCGACUAUGGGAACCUUGUUGUCACGGAUCCAGACGGGCAGAAUCUAUGGAGGAGCUUCGACUCGCCAACGGAUACACUUUUGCCUCUGCAGCCAAUAACUAGGAAUGUUAAACUGGUAUCUGCUUCUGCCAGGGGUUUGCUAUAUUCAGGCUUCUACAACUUUCUCUAUGACAGUAACAAUGUGCUGACUCUUGUCUACAAUGGCCCUGACACUGCAAGCAUAUAUUGGCCAAAUCCUUCCUUUGAUAACCCAUGGAAGAGUGGGAGGUCAACUUAUAACAGUAGACGCUAUGGGGUUCUAGAUCAGGGAGGCUAUUUUGUAUCAAGUGACAAACUUAAAUUUGAAGCCUCUGAUCUUGGUGAUCAUGUCAUGAGGAGGUUGACACUGGAUUAUGAUGGUAAUCUUAGGCUAUACAGCCUAAACGAAACCAGUGGCAGCUGGUCAAUUUCUUGGAUGGCAUUCUCAAGAGUAUGUCAAAUGCAUGGAGUGUGUGGCAUAAACAGUGUCUGCAAUUACACCCCGAAACUCCAUUGUUCUUGCCUCCGAGGCUUCGAGGUGAUUGAACCGAGUGACUGGAGCAAAGGGUGCAAGCGCAAGGAAAACAUCACUGCUAUCUGGGAUAAAGGGAAUAGAAACAAUACAAACAACACUAUCAGCCAUGACUUCUCAUUCAGAAAGAACACUGGAACUGACUUCUGGGGGUACGACAUCGCCUACAAAGAGUCAGUGCCAUACUCUUACUGUAGAAAUAUAUGCCUGGCCAUCAAUAAUUGCCAAGGCUUUGGUUACCGGAAAGGAACUGGCCAAUGUUAUCCAAAAUACUCACUUUUCAAUGGCAAGAGCUUCCCAGAUCCUUACAAUGACAACUAUCUGAAAGUUCCUAAGGGAGUGUCAUUUACCAAAGAAUCAGAUUAUAGACUAACCCAUUCCUGCGGAGUUACUGAAAAAUUGGCCUACCCUUCAUCCCAAAUGUCUGAGGAUGUCAGUUCCAAGUUUGCGUUUGGUUACUUCCUGUCUUCUGUUCUAACAUUGCUUUUGAUUGAAGUAAUUUUAAUCAUUGUUGGGUUUUCAGUUGUUCAAAAGUGGGAGAAAAGCCCAGAGAUUACUGACGAGGGCUACAUGAUCAUUUCGAGUCAAUUCCGGCGAUUCAGCUACAAGGAGUUACACAAGGCAACCAAUUGUUUUAAGGAAGAGCUGGGAAGUGGUGGAUCAGGUGUGGUCUACAAGGGAGUCCUCGAUGAUGAAAGGAAGGUUGCAGUGAAAAAGCUAAAUGAUGUGAUCUAUGGAGAGCAGGAGUUAAAGUCUGAGUUAAGCGUCAUAGGAAGAAUAUAUCAUAUGAAUCUGGUCAGAAUUUGGGGGUUUUGUGUGGAGAAGACAAAUAGGCUCUUGGUUUCUGAGUACAUUGAGAACGGUUCUUUAGACAGACUUCUGUUUGACGAUCACAACUUAUUUCCUAUCCUAAAAUGGAGCCAAAGGUACAAUAUUGCACUUGGAGUGGCAAAAGGACUGGCAUAUCUCCACCAUGAGUGUCUUGAAUGGAUUGUGCACUGCGAUAUCAAACCGGAAAACAUAUUGCUAGAUAAAGACUUUGAGCCAAAGAUUGCAGAUUUUGGACUGGUGAAACUACUUAAGCAAGGAACAGCACAAAUGUUGUCGAGAGUGCAUGGAACUAGAGGGUAUAUUGCACCAGAAUGGACUCUAAAUCUUCCAAUCACAGGCAAGGCUGAUGUUUACAGCUAUGGAAUAUUACUUGUUGAGUUAGUGAAGGGGAGUCGGGUUUCCCGAUGGGUGUUUGAUGGCAAGGAAGAGGUAGAACUGGCUGUUAAAUGCACUGUUGAUACUCUCAACGAGAAAUUGGCUAGCGAAGAUCAAUCAUGGCUGCUGGAAUUCAUUGACCGCAGGCUUAAUGGAGAAUUCAACUAUUCACAGGCAGCCACAGUGCUAAAGAUAGCAGUGUUGUGUCUGGAAGGAGAUAGGCGCAGGCGACCAAGCAUGGAUACUGUGGUUGAAACCCUGCAUUCGGCUGUGGGAUAAUGUCCAGCACUGUCAUUGCUACUACAUGUCUACAUUCAUAUCAAGUUGAUCUAUGCAUUGUGAGAAAAUGGUAAGUUACGUUGUUGAAAGAGAAAAUUAACAAGAGCGCCUAUCUUACACUGAUUGAAAUUUUAGUAGUAUUCGCAUUCCCUCAAAAUAGUAGCGAAGUUUGACUGUAUGUAUAGGAUAGUGUA